AUGCUGUCAUCAGAUUCAAGCAAGAGACCGGAUAUUGGUUCCAGAAAUUUCUUUUCUGAUGCCAAAUCAAGAUCAAUACUUCGAAAGGAUUCUCCCGAGAGCCCAGAGUGUAUUUUUCAUGCUCGUUGGGCAACAACUGAACCAGACACUCCUACUCUGUCUGAUCAGAGUGAUGAAAAUUAUCAAAGACAUGAAGAAUUAAGAGUUGAAAUGGAUAGUGGUACUGGAGGCUUUGACAAAGAUGCCAUUUUAAUAUUGAUGUCUAACAUUGAAGCCAAACUUGCCGCUCUAGAAAUAUCAGUUUCUAAAGCCAAUUCAGUUCCAGCGACCACAACUCAAGUUGACCCAGCUUCAGUUAGUCUCGCACAGGACAAACCCUUUCCAAUCAGUAGAUAUGCCAACAGCUGGAUGGAAUGGAAUUUUAAGGAAUUUAGGAGACUUCCACAACUCAUCGGUGAUUACAAGAGAUGGAGAAAGACCUUUGAUGAUUUCUUCAGAAAGUAUGAAAUUCUCGAAAAAAUUAUAAGGUUUGAUUUGAAACUUGAUGAAAUCAACUUAACUACGAAGUUAAGGUACAAAUUCUGUUUGAGCAAAAUAGAUGAUGGUGAGUUUCAAGAUUUUUUGAGCUUUAUCAUAUCUGGCUUGAAUACCACUUUGAUCAAUGUAUCUGGAGCAGAUAUUAGUAAGGUGCCAGAUGAUACAUUGCAGACGGUUGUCAGGGAGAUCUACGAAAAUUAUGAUUACUACUACUUUGAUAAAGUGUCAACUCAUGUCAAUGAGUAUAUGGUAUUCAAUAAUUGGGAUGCAAAACCUCCGACAGAUGUUGGAACUGAUGUUCAAUUAUUCUUUUGUACACGCGACUAUACUGAUUUUCGUAUGUGUUGUUCUCAUAUCAGUGUAUAUAAUGAUGCUUUCAAUCACUUAUUGAAGCUUAUUGCUGAUGAAUUUAAGAAAUAUUCAAAGGGAGAGGAAUACAAGUCUCUCCGUGAAGUUAUGGCGGCGUUCAAGCUUACUGAUCAUUAUCGACGAUGUGAGAAUAACAAAUAUGAUUGGCUCACAUUCAACAAGUUGUUUCAUCAGAAGUACAACAAACAACUCAUAGAUGCUGCUAAAUCCAAGAGUUUGAACAAUUCCAAGAAGAAGUCCAAUUCUAAUCAGAAGUCUCGAAGAAGAAAGCGUUACCAGCUGAACAAUCCGUAA